AUGACGACCUCUUCACCCACUCUUACCCCUUUGUACCUCAUCACGACCUCUCAAACUCCCUUACCUCUUCGUUUCCCUCGACCUCAAAAACCUAACCUCGUUGUCCCUCCUCUGAUCCAUCGUUCACUUCAUUCUGCCCUCGAUGCCGACCCACCAUCCAUCGUCAAAUCCAAAGGAACCUUAUGGAUCCCCGAUCCACUAACCGUAUCUAAACAUGAUCUUCCAUCCAUUCAAUCAAAUCUUCCUCUACCUACUCCACCCAGUUCCGCAAUUAUAGAGAAUUCACAACCUCCUAAUCUGAUCAUCAACCAUACUCAUGCUCGUGGGAACGAGAAUGAUGAACUCACGGUGAAACUUCAUCUCGUCGGAUCUGCUUCACCUUCGAUUAAAGCCAAAUGGGUGGAAGAAGCAUUACGUAUCUUAGGUGAAAUCAAGGGGUUGUACGGUGCAAAUCAUCUUUUACUAGGAUUCAAAGGUGUGGAUUAUAAAGGUAAAAAGACUGAUAAGAAUUGUCAAGAUGAUGUUUCCAAUCAAGGAAGUGAAGAUGAGAAAACGGAAAAGACGUUGGAAUUGGAGAAUGAAGUUGAAAUCAUUUGGAAAUUGGUUAAUAAAGGAUGUAAUUGUGGUAUUGUGGAUUGUGAUUGUCCUUCAGGUGAACCAAGUAGAGAAAACCCUAAAGAAAUUGGAACUCUUUAUUUACCUUUGGGUUUGUUGAAGAAAUUGACAGAAGGUAAAUAUCCUGUGAGAGUCAAUGCUAUGGAUACUCCGGAUUGUCAUCAUUUGCCCAAAGGAUAUACGGAGUUUGCGAGGUCUAAGGGAGUGGAAUUAUGGGCUGGAGGAGGUGGGGAAGGUUCUGAUCCAUUACCAAAUGCACAUUUGCACAACCUUCUUCAAGAAUUCUCGGGUAUUCUGGCGGAACAUAUAGGUGCUUCUCACCUACUAGAGAAACAGAUAGCUGCUACGGAAGAUGGAUUGGGGUGGGAUGAAUCGGGAGACCUCGGUGUGGAUGUUCGUUGGGUUUUAGGAUAUUCUCUCGUGUCAGACUCUCGAAACGUCGUCACUGAUAAAGGAUACAUCGUGGCUGCCUCGAUACGAUGA